UCACCGACCUUGAAUAGUAACCUUGACAUACACUUCCUAAGUUUCACAAACCACAGUCUCGCCACAAUGUCUUUCAAGCCCGUGAGACUUUAUCCUUGUAACCCCACUACAGCACGCGGUGUAUCGACCAAGCUCAGCGCCAGCAAAGGCAAGAUCAUAUACACGAAUGGGAAGACAGUCAUUAUAAGGGACUUGAACGAUCCAGCGAUCGCGACCGCCUACGCUGGCCAUACUCAGAACGCCACUGUCGCUCGAUUGUCACCUUCAGGCUACUACUGUGCUUCUGGUGACGUGUCUGGAACCGUUCGCGUCUGGGAUAUAGUGGGCGAAGAGAACAGUCUCAAGGGAGAAUACAAAGUUAUUUCGGGGAGAAUAAACGAUCUCGACUGGGAUGGUGAAAGCAAGCGGAUUAUCGCUGUCGGGGACGGUCGGGAGAAGUUUGGACACGCUUUCAUGAUGGACACCGGGUCAUCCACCGGUGAGAUUAUCGGGCAUUCGAAGGUCGUAAAUGCGGUAGCCAUCCGGCAGCAACGCCCCUAUCGGGCCGUCACUGCGUCUGAUGACACGCAGAUAAUCUUCCAUCAAGGCCCCCCGUACAAAUUCGAUAAGACUAUCAAGACCCAUACCAAGUUUGUACAAGAUGUGAAAUACUCCCCUAGCGGUGAACACUUUGUCAGUGUUGGCUCGGAUGCCAAAAUAUUCCUCUACGAUGGGAAGACCGGGGACAUGUUAGGUGAGCUCGAUGACAGCGGUCACAAAGGAUCCAUUAUGGCAUGCAGCUGGAGCCUGGAUAAUAAGUCAGUGGUGACAUCGUCCAUGGAUUGCACCGUGAAGUUGUGGGACGUCGAGUCCCGAAAGUCCACCGCAAGUUGGACGGUAGGCACCGGUGUCAAUCACCAGCAGGUAGGGAACGUGUGGGCCGUCCCAGACAGCUUAGUCUCGCUGUCUAUGACUGGCGACCUCAACGUCUUCGACCCUAGAGUAGGUGAUAAGCCGGCCCGUAUAAUUCGAGGGGCGACGAAAGCCAUAACAAGUGCCUUAUCGACCUCAUCUGAUACGUUCCUCACUGGUACGGCAGAAGGCCGCCUUGUACAGUUCUCGGUCGCGAAUGGAGAAGCGUCCUAUAUAGCCGGUGAUGGCCAUACUAAUCUUGUCACGGGGCUCUCGUCAACCCCAGACGGAAAGGUAGUUUCCGUGGGAUUCGACGACAAGCUGCGGGAAAUUGAGCAGAACAGUUUCACGCCUGCGGCGUUGUCUCUCUCCUCCCAGCCCAAGGCCGUGGCAGCAGCUGCCGACGGAACUGUCUUCGUAGCGGAGGUGAACUCUGUGGAGGCAAUACGGUCGAAUCAGAAAGUCUCGGAGAUAUCGACAAAGUUCGUUCCCAGUACUGUGGCAGCGCACAACACCCUUGUGGCUGUCGGCGGCGAAGAUCAGAAAGUUCAUCUCCACGAGUGGGACGGGAAGACGUUGAAAGAGCUCACGACGCUGGAUGGGAACAAAGGCACUGUCAGCGCUAUCGCCUUCUCGCCCGACGGUGCCUUCCUAGCCGCCGGUGAUUCUAGCGGCAAAGUUAUUCUGUUCAAAGUCGACGAACGGAAGGUCGUGACCUCGCGAUGGUCCUUCCAUUCCGCCAGGAUAAACUCGCUGUCGUGGACAGCGGAUAGCCAGCACUGCGCUUCCGGCUCGCUUGAUACACACGUGUACGUGUGGAGCGUGCAGAAGCCCCUGCGUAACAUUGCAAUCAAAAACGCUGGGCCCGGCGGCGUUAAUACGGUAGUCUGGCUCGAGAGCGACGGACACGUGGGCAAGCUAGUCAGUGCAGGUGCCGACGCGUGUGCGAGGCUCUGGGAGGUGACCUUCCACUCCUAGGCGUAAUGUCGACAAGGUUGAAAUAUAUAAAUACCUGUAAUGUGUUAAAACCUAUAUGUGUAGGGUCGUACAAUCAUACCUCGUACUGGGACUGCGUUAAG